AUGGAGGGUGAAGGAGAAAAAGAAGUUUUCUUAACAAACCCCGGCGAUAAUGUUAAAACGAGUAAUGAGCCAGGAAAUGAAGCGAACGAAGAAACAAAAGAGCCAGAAGCCGCUCCAGAAGAAAAUAACGAGAAUAAUGAAAAUGCUAAAGACGAAGAAACUCAAUCAGUAAAAGAAACAGUAAUAGUUGAACCAGUCAAUGCCUUGUUUAAUCAGACUUCAAACAACAAAAAUAACACUAAACCACAAAAUUCAUCCGGCAGCUCUGCAAGAAGCCAAGAUAACAGAACAUACACACAAACAGCUCAAGGAGAAAUCAGUAUCUUGAACUUCGAAGCCGAAUGCGGCGAUGAAUUACCAAACUUCACAGAAGAGGCCACAAUAGCUUCAAUGACAAAGCUUGCUAUUGAGCCAAAGCAUGUGAAGAAAAUUACAGAUGCAGAUUUAAAGGAUUACUCACAAUUUCCAGAUGUAAUGGAAAAAGCCCGCAGUGUUCUUGAGAACCGCAGGCAACAUUUAAUACAAUGCGUUAAAGAUGAACGCGAGCGCUAUUUCAAGCGUAAACAAGAAAAGGCUGACAAAGAUAAUCAACCAGCCUCAACUCGUCGCGAAGAACUUGCCAAACAACAAGAAGAAAUACAGCGCCAAGAAUUUAAGCGCAUCGAGACAUUACAGAAGCGAGAAAUUGUUCAGUUGAUCGUAUCUGAAUUAGUUCGCGAGCAAACUUUACAAGAAGAAGCAGAAUUACAAACAAAGAGAGCACAAAGAGCAGCAGAAGUCGAAGAAGAGAACAGAAAGAAGAAUGAAGCCGAACAAGAGCGUCGUCGCCAAAAAGAAAACCAACUCCUCCAAAAAAUCCAAGAAAGAGAGCAAAAAUUACUCGAAAUAAAGAGAAAACAAGAGGAAGAAUUCCAAGCAAACCAACGUAUGAUACAAGAGAAGAAAGAAAAACAGAUCAAAGCACUUGCAGAAGCAGAAAGACAAAGACAACUUCGUGCAAUCAAACAAAGAGAAGCUUUGGAUCGACAACUCGAAGAAGAUCGUCAAAAAGCACUUGAAAAACAAAGAGAACAAGUUAAACGAGAACUCUAUUUAGAACAGAAGAGAAAGGAACAAUUACAGCAAAUCAAAGAAAGAAAUGCUGCUGCUUUCAAUGCACAAAGACAGAGAUUUGAAGCAUCUCUUAAAGCACAACAAGAACAGUUCGAAAAGAAGUGCAAAAAUCUCGAAAGAAAAGACCAAGAAAGUGUCCAAAGAGUCGAAAAGACAAAGCAAGCAUUACAAGAAAGAUCAGCACAAAGCAGAGCUAGAUCUCAGAUGCUUGUUUCUCGUCAUCUCGCUGCAAAGGAAAGAGUUCAAGAAGCAAGAUCACAAAGAAUCGAAAAACUUGCUAAAAUUGAUAAUAAAGCUGAAGAGAGAAGAAACGCAAUACUUCAGAAGAAGCUCGACAAGAUAAAGAACAUGAGAAUUGUCGAGAAAGAAAAGGCAGAAAAUAUUGCACAACAAAACCAAGAGAAACAAGAAAAAGAAAGACAAAGAACAGAAAAAAUCAUGGAGGAAUGGGAGAAAGAUCAAAAGAGAGUUGAAGAAGCAAGAGAAAUGCAUGAAGAACAUAUCAGACAACAAGCAGCUCUUCGUAAACUUAAAGAUAGAAUCAGAGAUGAGAAUGCAGAAAGAUUGGCUCAAGCUAAAAUCAAUGAGAACAUGGAGAUGGAAGAACUCAACAAAUUCAGACAAGAAAGAGCUGAUGUUUACAUGCAGAAUAUCAGAGAAACAGCGGAAAGAAGGAAACAAGCUGCAACUACAUUGGAGCUCAAGAAAGAAACAAUCAGAAACGAGUUCGCAGACAUGAUGCGUAAAGGUGGUAAAUUGGAUGUUGAUAAUCUCGCUAAGAAAUUCGAUAUCGAUAUUGAUGAUCUUAGAAAGAAAGUCGCUGAUUCUAAGGCAAAGAAAAUGCCAAGACCUGAUAAUGGAACAGUUGAAAUUGUUGAUAAUUCUCAAAAGAAAUCUAAGUCAACAUCAGCAAAUAAUGAACCAAAUGAUGAUAAUGAUGAUGACGAUGAUAAAAACUCAAAGUUCUCUGAUAUCAUUAAAGAGAAAGUUGAUGAUGAGUUAGAUAAUCAACAACAACAAGAAGAUGAACAGCCUCCACAAGAAGAAAAUCAACCUGAUGCUAAAUCUCCUCCUCCUGAAUCAAAUUCUCCAAAACCUGAAACAAAUUCUCCGAAACCAGAAGCUGCUUCUCCAAAGCCUGAAACGGCUUCACCAAAACCAGAGGAUAAUGCAAGUCCAAGUAACUCAGCAAUGAGAUUGUCUUCAAUUGUUCAGAAUGGAGUAGAAGGAAAGACUUGA